AUGUCUGAAGUGGAAGAUAUUUUGUGCGCAAUUUGUUCGAAGCCGGAGAAGGAUCCUACUAAAGUUAUCGAAUGCUUGUACUGUUUCAAGUCGGAGCAUUUCAAGUGUCGAAAUCUGGCAGGGGAAGCCAUCCGUAAAUUUCGGAAACAGCCGUUUUACUGCUCUUUGGAUUGCCGAAACUUGCAUGCAGCUACUACGACAAAAAGCAGUGCCGAGGAGUCCCUUGUACUGAAGGAGCUACGUACUGUGCUGACCGAGAUUCGUGAAACAAAAUCCGAACUUUCAGAAGUGCGAAACACGGUCAAGGAAAUUGAAAAGUCCCAGGAUUUUGUUUCUACCAAACUGGAUGGAAUCUUGUCUGAGCUACAGGAGCUGAAAAUAAACCAAAACAAACUGAAGAAAGAUGUUGUUGUUCUUCAAAGUGAUCAGCGUAAGGUGGAAGAAACAGUUUCCAAUCUGGAACUAGAAGUGGAUCGUAUUAAUCGUCUAGCCUUAUCAGCGAAUGCAGUUAUUUUGGGUGUACCAAUGAAAGCGAGCGAGAAUCUCAACCAAAUAGUUGAACUGAUUGCUAGGACUGUUGGUUAUGCUCUUCCACCUAAUGCUAUUUUGGAUUGUAAGCGCCUGGUUACUAAGGACGCCGACAAAGGAAAAAACAAAACCAUUCCCAUCAAAGUUGUUUUUGCUAGCGAAAAGUUCAAAGAGGACCUAUUCGAGAGAAAAAAAGCACACGGCCAACUAUUGUUAUCAGCUAUAGGCUUUGAAUCGACGAUUGCCAGAAAAAUCAUCCUACGCGACGACCUUACGUCGUAUGGAAUCAACCUACUCAAGACAGCCCGUGAAAAGCAAGCCGAAGCCGAUUUCAAAUACAUCUGGCCUGGCAGAAAUGGUGUCAUCCUUGCGAAAAAAACUGAUGGAGCAAAAAUUGAAGUCGUGCGAUGCCAAAAUGAUCUAUCGAAGCUGGACCGUCCUUCUAACAAAAGGCAACUGGACAUCUCGAGUGGCUCUUCAGGUUCACCAUCAACUCCCCAUGGAUUUCCAGCAGCGAAGCGUUAA